AUGUGGCACCAGCACGGUCAGGGUUACCCUAUUGAAAGAUUGAUUCGUGUUACACUGCAUAGACGAGAAUUUAGUUGCCAAGAUUUGGUAAAAAAUCUUGAACAACUCCAAGAAGGAAUUUAUUUUGAUUUCCUCUGCCAAGUUGUGGCUGUGUCUGUUGUUGAAGAAGGCGUUUGCUUCUUAAUUCAAGUCUGGGAUGGCACCCGUCCUUCUUGUCCGCUCUAUACUGUUGAAACAGUAGAAAGGAAUCUGAUUGUGGUAACUGACAUGGAACUAAGGGAAGUAGCCAAAGAUUGGCUAGUUGAUGUCUGUGUCUUUGAUGACCAUUUUGACAAAGCUGCGACCAUAAAGCCAGGAAUGUUUAUAAAAUUUUUCAACCUUCAUUGCCCAAAGCAUAAAACUCCGGAUUUAGUUAAUCCACCAGCUUAUGAAGAAUUGGAGCUUGUUCUACAUCGAGGGACAUCUUAUGGUCGGGGCAUAAAGAUACUCUCUGGAACAGAUCCAGAAAUAGAUAAUCUCAAAAAGAGAUUAGAGGAAUUAACCAAGAAAGUGGAAAGAACUCAUACAAGUCUUACAGAUCCUAAGGGUUCCCCUUACAAGACUGUUAAAGGGAUCAAAGUUAAAACAGCUCUUGGUAGUUCUCCCAAUAAGAUGGUGCCACAAACAGUUUUAAGUGAAAUGGCAAAAGAAUCGGAUGACACUUCAGUUGGAAUCAUCGCAAAUAGUCAAUUUAAUAUAGAGAAUUAUGCACCUGAAGCAGUUUUAUCCACUGUCACAGUUAUUCAAGGCCAUCAAUCUGUCAAGUUGUCUCAUUUCUGUGAUGUUAAGAACGCCACUGCUCCCAUGAAAUUCCGUCUUCUGGCCAGAGUUAUGGACUACAGCCCCAAACUUAGCAGCGUAUCAGACUUUUUAAGCUUAUUUUGUCUUCAAUGUCAUUAUCUAACUCCAAUAAAUAAUUACAAUUUAGAACCGUCGACUUUUCAAAUAAAGGAUGGUGUUGAAUAUUACCGCUGCCCCCAUUGUGCCAAGAAGACCAAUUCUAAUGACAUUCCAGUGAUGGAAUAUAUCUUUUUGAUGAAGUUUAUUCUGACAGAUGGCGUCUAUUAUAUCAUCGCCAACCUUUGGAGAGACGAAGCUGUGAAAUUCUUCAAUAACAUAACCCCAUUGGAAUUUAUAUCAGAUGCAGAAGCUGUGAAUAAAGUUAGAAGCUGCUUGGAGAGAAUCCAUUCAAGUGAGGGAAACGGUCAGAAUUUGCCGAUGAUGGAAUGCUGCAUCAAAUCCUUUACUGGACGUAAUUCCGUCUGUUACGAAAUAUUUGAUACACUGAUAGGAAGCAGUUGUUGUUCCACUGUGCCAUUAAUUAAUGAGGAUCUCGUGAACCCAGAAGAGAACAUUUCUAGCUAAUGUAUA